UCGAGAUGGCUGUGAUUGACACUGCUAUCGUGGAGUUGAGAAAUGUGGUAUGAGUUGCAGCUUGCCCGACAAACAAUGGAGAUGGACUCGGUCAACUUGCCGCGUUGCAAGCUGUUGGGUUUAUUAACCAGACGCCGAGCUAGAUUUUGCUUCUUGUACACCGUCAUCGUCAUUCCUAUCUCUACCCUCACAUCAUUCUCAUUGCGACAAACAUUGCAGAAGUUCAAUCUCACACCAUGUCUUUCGGAAAGCUCUACUGGUACCCCAAGGCGCCUCGCGCUACUCAAUGCCUCUACAUCGCCGAGUACAACAAGCUCGAUAUCGAAUUCGUCGAGGCAUGGCCGAUCAAGGUCGAUGCUAGCAAGGGCGGUGUUGGCGAAGAUUACCUCUCAAAGUUCCCCCCGGGCAAGGUGCCUGCCCUCGAGCGCCCCAACGGGUUCACAUUGUUCGAGUGCAUUCCUGUUUCCAUCUACCUCGCAAAGCAAGACCCCAAGACCAAGCUGCUUGGCUCCACUCUUGAGGAGGAGGCCACGAUCCUGAAGUGGGCCUCAUUUGCCAACAGCGAGCUUCUGCCUCCCAUUAUGGCGUGGAUUAACCCGGUCAUCGGCAAGGCGCCUUCAUCACCAGAAAUCCUCGCCGCGGCGGAGAAGAACAGCGAGAGCAUGGUCAGUGUGGUGGAGAAGGCGUUGACAGGCAAGAAGUUCCUCGUGGGCGACGAGCUCACGAUAGCCGAUCUUUUCAUGAUUGCGGCCAUUGCGAGGGGAUACCAGUUUGUGUUUGCCAAGGAGUGGACGGAAAAGCACCCCGCCAUCCAUGCGUGGUACUGGCGCAUCAAGAGCGAUGACAUCUGGAAGAAGAUUGAUGGCGAGCCGUACGUGCUGGAUGUGCCCGGAGGAAAGCCGAUCUGAAGGUGGACAAAAAUAAUCAGACAUGACAAACUUUAGACAGUCAAUCCCGGCGAUCAAUGCGAUAUCCGAGGGGCAGAGGAAGAUAGAGACGCGUAGGAAAGGGAGCCCGGAGCUGUUGGUGCGGGGAGUUCUCCGCUUCCGAGAAAUAGCGGGGCCGGUUAUCGAUGCCCGAAUCGCCAAUUGAGGCGAUCUGAUUGGCUUCCGGGGGCGGAUAGAAGCGAGUUUGCCUUAGCUAAUCAAAUUGUCCACCACUCUGAGGUACCUUAUCAGUCACGUGGGUGGACAAGCUUGACCCAAUCGGGAAGUCUGUAUCUUAUCUGCUUAUCCGUCGCCGCCGGCGUCCACUCGGUACGUACCUCGGAGGGGUCCUUGUCCACUUCCGUAAAGCCCCUCGAUACCGUCCGCCUCCC